GGGGGUGGGUGGGGGGGACACAGACGUGGCUGCAUGUGCGGCAACGUCGGAUCUCCCCAAGAACGAGCUGAGCAUCCUGGUGAAGCUGAAGCAGGCGACGGGGAAAGAGCGGAGAUGGAUGAAGGAAUCUCUCGUUUGCCCGAGAGGCAGCUGCUGGAGCACAGGGAUUUUAUAGGGCUGGAUUACCCUUCCCUUUACAUGUGCAAACCCAAAAGAAGCGUGAAGAGGGACGAGAGCAAGGAAACGUACAAGCUGCCCCACCGGCUGAUCGAGAAGAAACGGCGGGACCGAAUCAACGAGUGCAUCGCCCAGCUGAAGGACCUGCUGCCCGAGCACCUCAAGCUGACGACGCUGGGACACCUGGAGAAAGCGGUGGUGCUGGAGCUGACUCUGAAGCACUUGAAAGCGCUCACGGCCUUGACGGAGCAGCAGCACCAGAAAAUCAUCGCUCUGCAGAACGGGGAGCGCUCCAUGAAGUCUCCGGUGCAGGCCGACCUGGAUGCCUUCCACUCGGGCUUCCAGACGUGCGCGAAGGAGGUGCUGCAGUACCUGUCGCGCUGCGAGAGCGGGGCCCCCCGCGAGCAGCGCUGCGCCCAGCUCCUCGGCCACCUGCACUCCGUGUCCUCGCAGCUCCUGCCCGGCCCGCAGCUGCUGUCGCCGCCGCCGGGCCCGCUCAGCAAAGGAUCCUCCUGCUCCCCGCCCUGCGCGCCGGGACAUCGGCCGGAGGGGCACCGGCAGGAGGGCCAGGCCAACUGCGUGCCCGUAAUUCAGCGGACUCACGCCGAGCCCAGCGCAGAGACCGACACGGACACGGACAGCGGCUACGGCGGCGAGGCCGAAGCGCGGCCCGAGCGCGGCCCCGCGGCGGCGGGGAGUGCGCUGCCCGCCCUCACCAUCAAGCAAGAGCCGUCGGCGGACGAGGCAUCCCCGGCUCCCAAACGGCUGAAGCUGGACCGCGGCGGCAGUCCCCUGCCCGGUGUCCCGGGGCUGGCGGCGCGGGGUGCCGAAGCGGCGGCGGCGGCAGCGGCUCUGGUGAGACCGGACGCGGCGCUGCUGGGCUCGCUGAUGGCCCUUGGGGCGGGCGGCGGGACCCCCUUCGGACAGCCGGCUGCCCCUUUCUGCCUGCCCUUCUAUUUCAUCUCGCCCUCGGCCGCCGCCUACAUGCAGCCGCUGCUGGAUAAAGGCGGCCUGGAGAAGUACCUGUACCCUGCUGCCCCCAUCCCGCUGCUCUACCCCAGCAUCCCGGCACAGGCAGCGGCCGCCGCCGCUGCCGCCGCCGCCGCCUCGUUCCCCUGCCUCUCUUCCGUGCUCGGCCCUGCCGACAAGGCGACCGCCGCCGGGCUGCCCCCUGCGCCCCACCUCCUGCACCCCUUCGCUGCCGAGCCCGCCGAGGAGCCCGAGCCUGCCGCCACCGAGCAGCCUAGUGCCGAGGGCCCGUGAGCUGCCGCCGGCCGGGAGCCCCCAAGGGGUUCCCCGCUGCCGUUGUUCUCCGCAACCUCGGACUCAGCCGCCCCACGACGGGGCGGGGAGGAGCCGGUACCGGUGCUCCCGGCUUUCCACGGGGGGCAAGGCGGCAUCUGCUGAAGCUCAAUGGGAGCUGGCGGCGCCUGAGUGGGCUCGCCGGGAGCUGGCGCUGGUCCCGGCGCAGCCACGGGCCGGCACGAAUGAAAUUGCUACUCAGUAUUGUUUUAAUGUUCAGCUUUCUGAACGCGUCGGUGUGUUACGGAGGAAGACAAAACGAGCAAGGACGUUCCCGUUGCGCUCGACAAGGUACGGGAGAUGUCGCACCUUAUUGGGAGGGGGUUGCACAGGGUCCCCGAGUCCCUGCACUUGUUCGGAGGGCUCAGGGUGGCGAGGCGAGGGCAGACCCCAGAACCUCUGCGAGCACUUUACCGGGUGCCCAGCCCUGAGCCAUGCCCUGAGCCCCGAGCCUGCAGUGCCUUGAGCUCCGGGGGCCUGGGGGCGCAGGGGGGAGGUCGGGAGUCGCUUUCUAUCGUUUUGACCAUUUCUGGGUGUUUUGGGCGAAGGGACGUGGCUGUGGCGAGUGUGGUUGUUCUCACCCUGCUUCGCUGAGUCGGGGCCCCAAAGGUAUGCCCCAACCCUGCUGUGUGAAAUGAAUGUUUCUGCACUGAGACUCCCAGCUCCCCUCAGAAAGCACAGAGCAGCUCCCAGCCUCAGCUCCUGGUUUUAUCCCAAAUUCCGGAUGACCCGAGUGGGGGGCCGUGGGUAACACCCCUCACUCUGCAAUCAUCUCCUGGGUUUACCCCGAAUUGCAAUGACCCGAGUGGGAGGCGUGGGUUAAAUGCCUCAGCUCCUUAUUUUACCCCAAAUAACCUGAAUGGGGGCCGUGGGUAACCCCCUCACCCUGCAAUCAGACCCAAGCAGGGCAAGCCCCCCAGGUGGGUCGUCCCCUCACGCCGGGUAGAGCACCCCGCGAUUUCCCUUUUCUGGAGACAACCCAGCCGCCAGAUAAUCACACAGAUAAGGCUUUUCUGAUGAGGCUUAAAAGCAAGGCCUUGCCUCGGUAUUUUUAGUUUGUUGCCAAGGUAGCACUGUGAGGGAUCUCACUUGAAUGUUAUGUAAGAGGUGAGACACCAGAGCCCGGCGAGGAGCGAGCGUCCAUCCAUGCUGGUGCCUCUGCUGCUGCUGUUGCUGCUGCUGCUGCUGUUUGCCUCACCUCCUGAUCCCGCAGCCCGCAGAGGGCUGGGUGUACCCAGCUGUUAUUAACACACCCGAUUAACGAUGUCUGACAUGCUAUUUUUGUAGGGAGAAAAUAUCUGUUCUGAUAUUUUGAGUUAAAUAUCUUCGGGGAGGAUUUGCUGAAGAAGUUGCACUUUUGUUACGAUGCUUAUGCUUGGUACAAGCUUAUGCUGUCUUAAAUUAUUAAAAAGAAUAAAUCUUGUCUGCAAGAAACCAGCUGGUUUAGAACACUUUAGUAUGUGAUAUAUUAGAAAUCAACCUUUAUAUUCAGUAUUUUCCAGCACUCCAUGAAUUCUAUUAUCUAAAUAUUUCCACACUAUUUUGUGAUUAAAAAAGAUUCUUACUAAGGAAUAAAAACUUUAAUACACCAAA